UGUGUGCAUGGAACCUUGUGAGUCUUCCGCUAACUGCCUCAACUGUCGCUCCCAAUGCUGGCUUGAACAUCUGCCCCAGAAUAUUGCCACUCCAAAAGAGGCAGAGGCAAAGGAGUCACAUCACCCUUCCACCCAAUGGAGCCUCUUUCUCACUGAUGUGCGUUCGGCACGGACGAUGCUUACGGGGCCACGUGAUAACUCGACUCUUCCACCUCCUGAAGUUCUGCAGCAACCAGUGAAGUUCCAUUGCGCAGCCAGCUGAGGCCACUUUGCCACUGUGGGCAGCCGUCAUCCAACAGCCACAAUACCAGUUCGAGACACUCAUCCGAACAUGUGCAGUCAGUUCCAGCUGAAGCAUGAAGCCACUUACUCACAACAUCCUAACUUGGUCCAAUACUUCCUUCCAUUCACUGAUGCUGAGUUCCAAGAGCGGCUGGAACAACACAAGGGAGAGAUUGCCAUCAUGCUAAGGUCCUCGGAGUUCAAUCAAGACAAAACUGCCUUGAUUGUGACUAACAACCCACUUCCCCUCUUCAUAUCCGGACAACAGCUUUCAACACCUUUCCAGUUUUUCCCUGAAGACAUCAGGAGGAAAAACCAACCUGAUUCGGACCACUUACCCCCAGUGCAAGCCCCAAAGAGCCAAAUGAGUCCCAGCAUCAGAAAGCUGAGGAAACCUGCAGAAUUCAGGUUCUCCAGAGAUCAGGAUUUCACCAGCGAAGCCCAUUUUUCAAAAAAUUACGCGGAGAGGCGCUUGCUGAGAAUGUACCCCCAGCUCCGUAAGCACAUGAGGCUUGGUGCAAAUGAAAUGGAACCCCUCCCCAGUAUCCAAGGCUGGUCCCCCAAAACAACGCAUUGGGAGCCUCUGACCAUCUCAUGCUUGACGGAAACAAGGCACACUAUUAAUGUACCAGGAGAAGAUGGCUUCAGGUAUGGGAGAGCCCCGCUCUGGAUCGUCGACAGCUCGGUUGUACCUAAGUAUGCCAAAUAAAAGCCUUCUGCUGA